AUGGAGCCGCGAGCACGUUCUAGUAAUAGUUCAUCUCAUGAUGGACUUGCACCAAAUUCUAUGAAGUCAUUAACUGAAAGUAAAUUACGUGCAUUUGAACAAGGCACUGUAGCUGUUAAUUCACGAGCUAAUUUAUCACGUAAAGAACGUGAAGAAAUUCGUGCAAAAAUUGAAGCAAAUGAAACUGAAGAAGCAUUAAAAGAAUUUGUUGCUGCAUUUGAAGAACCAGUUCAUAAAACAAAUAAAACAUUUGUUAAAGGUGGAGUUUUUAAUCCUGGUUCACAUGAAGAAACUCCAAGUGAUCGAGGAAAAACAUAUCGAACAACAACAACAUUUACUAAAAAAGAUGAUGUAACAUCGAAUAAAGAUGUUUUACAACAACAAAUUGCUAAAAGUAAUGCAGCUGCACUUGCAGCGGCAGCUGCUCUAUCAGCAGCAGCAGCAGAAAAUAAACCUAAAUUAAAAAAUGAACGUGAAAAACGUAAAUCAAACUUAGAAUCAUUUAAAGAAGAACUUAAAAGAAUACAAGAAGAACGUGAUCGUCGUCAUAGUCAAAAAUCACGAGAAAAAGAUCAUAAACCACAACGAUUUCUACCUCCACCAUCUAUAUCACAACAUUCUGAUGUUGCGCCUGAAACGGAUUCAUCUCAUCACGAUAAUCGUCAUGUAUGCGAUGAUCCAAAUACAACAAAUUUAUUUAUCAGUUCAAUUCCACGUUUGAUGAAUGAAAUGGCUAUAAUGGAAUUAUUUGGUCGUUAUGGACCAUUAGCAAGUGUAAAAAUAAUGUAUCCAAGAAGUGAAGAAGAAAAAUCUCGUGGAAACAAUUGUGGUUUUGUUGCUUAUAUGAGUCGAAAAGAUGCGGAAAGAGCAAUGCAUGAAUUAAAUGGUUCACAAAUGGAUUCUAUAUCUGUUCGAAUGAAUUGGGGACGACCUGUUCAUAUACCACCACAACCAAUUUAUAUUCCACCUACAUUAAGAGAUUUAAUCAUGCCACCACCACCAUCUGGCUUACCAUUUAAUGCUCAACCAAAUACAAAACAUCGUUCAUCAAAAUCACAAGAUAUUCUUGGUCGAGAAAAGGAACUUGCAAAACUUCUUGAACAUGCGACUGUUCGAGUGAUUAUUCCUCAUGAUAGAGCCUUAUUAUGUUUGAUUCAUCGCAUGAUUGAGUUUGUUAUUCGUGAAGGUCCUCUAUUUGAAGCAAUGAUAAUGCGUCGUGAAAUGAAUAAUCCACAAUUCCGGUUUUUAUUUGAUAAUCAAAGUCCAGCUCAUACAUACUAUCGAUGGAAACUUUAUUCAAUUCUUCAAGGUGAUAGUAUUACAAGUUGGCGAACAGAAAUAUUUCGUUUAUUUAAAGAUGGAAGUUUAUGGUUACCACCUCAACCUCAACAAUUUACAUCUGGUAUGCCCGAUGAAGUAUUUGAAAAAGUCAAAAAAGAAACAGAGAAUGAAAUAAUUGUGAAACCAGAAAUAACUAUACCCGUAAUUAAUCCAAACAAUAAUAAUAAUAAUAAUAAUACAAGCAAUAAACGUGGUCGACUUAGUCAUCGACAAAGAGAUCAUUUGGAAGAUCUUUUACGAACAUUAACACCUGAACGAAAUAAAAUCGGUGAAGCAAUGCUUUGGGCUAUUGAUCAUGCUGAAGCUGCUGAUGAAAUAAUCGAUUGUAUUACUGAAUCACUCUCAAUUCUUCAAACAGCACCCUACAAAAAAAUUUCUCGACUUUAUUUAAUAUCAGAUAUUCUUCAUAAUUGUAGUGUUAAAGUUACAAAUGCAUCUCAUUAUCGUCGAGGUUUUGAAACACGUUUGCCUGAUAUAUUUCAAGAAAUACAUCAAGCAUGGUCUGUUAUUGAUGGACGUCUUCGUGCUGAACAAUUUAAACAAAAAGUUAUGAGUAGUUUUCGUGCUUGGGAAUCAUGGGCAAUAUAUCCAAGUGAUUAUCUUAUCAAACUUCAAAAUAUAUUUCUUGGACUUGUACGACAAAAAUCUACGAUAGAAAAUGAAAUCAAAAAAUCGAAAUUUGAUGAUGAUAUCGAUGGUAAACCAAUUCAUAUGGAUUCAUCAUCUGAUAAUCGACCAUUAGCACUUGUUGCUGAUUAUGAUGAUGAAGAAGAUAUUGAUGGAAAACCAAUUUCAGUGCCAAGUUCAUCAGUUGAUCAUGAUAUUGAUGGGCGUCCAAUACAUGCCACCACUAAAGAAUCUCGACCACGAUUUCAAGAAGAAGUUGACGAAAAUUCUUCAUCAGAAAUAAAACCACGUUUUGUUCCAACAAAAUGGCAAUCAAUCGAUCCAUCACAAGUUGCUGCACAAGCUGUUACAAUAUCAAAAUGGGAUUUUGAUCAAGAAUCAACUAUUAAAGGAAAUGAAAGUUUAUAUGAAGAUUUAGCUGAAACAUCAAAAGAUAAUAAUCAUACAAACAACGAUGAAUAUAUAAGAAAUAAUUCAUCAACAAGUACAUAUAGUAUUGAGAAUCCAAUAGCUACAGAUUCAUUAUCAACAUCAGAUAUAUCAGAAGAACGACGUCAAAAAUUACGAGAUGUUGAAAUUCAAGUAUUGAAAUAUGCAGAUGAACUAGAAUCUGGACGGCGUGAACGUUCAAUUGGUCUUUCAUUAGUAGAAGAAAUUGAAAUAUAUCGACAAAAUUUAUUGAAAAAAAUUGAAGACGAAACGACAGACUCAUCCAAAUCGACAAAUCGAACUUCAACUAAACAAUCCAACGAAUCCUCAUCAUCAUCGUCAUCAUCAAGAAAUCCUUCAUCACGAUAUUCUCAACAGCGAAGCGUCGACGAGAAAAAUCAAGAGACUAGUUCGCGUCGCGACGAUUCAUCUUCUAAACAUAGAUCUACUUCAACACGAAGUAAUUCAUCAAAUUCAAAUCAAUCAGAUUCUACACGAUCAUCAUCAUCAAGAACGUCUAGUGAUUAUCAUCAUAAACGAAAACGCGAUGAACGUUCACCAUCACCUUCUUCUCGGUACUCUCGAUCCAGUCGUCGAUAA